GUCCCACAUGGGCCGCAGCAUCGAGUCGCGGAGACGGUGCGAAGUGUGUUGAAAGCGGCGAUUUGACGAGAAAGGAUGGGUAAAAAGAAGACCGGGGGGACCGCGGGACUCGGGAGGGCUCUGAUAAAGGAGAGACUGCAGGCGGGACGCGGCAGCAAGAGGGGCAACACCUGGCUCCAUACCAGCGAACUGAACGAUGGGUAUGACUGGGGUCGACUCAACCUGCAGUCGGUGACAGAGCAGAGCUCCAUGGAUGACUUCCUGGCCACUGCUGAGCUUGCCGGGACAGAGUUUGUUGCAGAAAAGCUCAACAUCCAGUUUGUACCGGCGGAGGCGCGGGCUGGUCUUCUGACGACGGAGGAGAAAACCAGGCUGAAGAAACUUCACGAAGACAAUAAGCACUUCCUCCGAAUCCCGAGACGACCCAGCUGGGAUGACGGCACCAGUCCAGAAGCUCUUCAGCAGGCAGAGAGAGACAGCUUCCUUGAAUGGCGACGACAGCUGGCACAGCUGGAGGAGGAGCAGAAGCUCAUUCUCACCCCGUUUGAGAGGAACCUGGAUUUCUGGAGACAGCUCUGGAGAGUCAUCGAGAGGAGCGAUGUUGUGGUUCAGAUCGUUGACGGCAGGAACCCUUUGUUGUUCAGAUGCCCUGACCUGGAGGCGUAUGUGAAGGAGGUGUCUCGGGACAAGGUGAACAUGCUGCUGGUGAACAAAGCGGACCUGCUGACCCGGGAGCAGAGACGGGCCUGGGCCAGACGCUUCCAGAGAGAGGGCAUGAGGGCCGCCUUCUGGUCGGCUCUGGCAGAGAGCGACAGGCUGGAUGCAGAAGAGAAGGGCCUGGAGCAGCAGGAGCCCGAGGUUGGAGAGAGUGACCCAGAAGAGGAAGGAGUGCCAGAUAAUAAUGAAGAGGAGGAGGAGGAGGAGGAGGGGAGUGAUGAGGAGGAAGAGCAACGGGAGAAGGUAACGGUGGAAGAAGAGGACUGGCAGACCUGCUCAGAAGGGGAAGAGGAGGAAGAGACCACUAGUUCAUCACACGAGUCCUCCUUCCACAACUCCAGUUGCCUGCUUCACAAAGACGAGCUGCUGGCCAUGUUUAAGGCGGUGCACAGCGGAGCCAGAUGUAAAGACGGACAGCUCACCGUUGGCCUGGUUGGUUAUCCUAAUGUGGGGAAGAGUUCCACCAUCAACACCAUCUUCAGGAACAAGAAGGUGUCGGUUUCAGCCACGCCCGGACACACCAAGCACUUCCAGACUCUGUAUGUGGAGCCAGGCCUGUGUCUGUGUGACUGCCCGGGUCUGGUCAUGCCUUCCUUUGUGACGACCAAAGCGGAGAUGAUCUGCUCGGGGAUUCUGCCCAUCGACCAGAUGAGAGACCACGUCCCCGCUGUCUCCCUCGUGUGUCAGACCAUUCCCCGCCACGUGUUGGAGGGCACCUACGGUAUCAACAUCAUCCUCCCACGAGAGGAUGAAGACCCCAGCCGCCCCCCCACCGCAGAGGAACUGCUGAUGGCCUACGGAUAUAUGAGAGGCUUUAUGACGUCACAUGGCCAGCCUGACCAGUCCAGAUCAGCCCGAUACAUCUUGAAGGAUUACGUCUGCGGUAAGCUGCUGUACUGCCAUCCUCCUCCACACAUCAGUCCAGCAGACUUUCAGCCUCAGCACACCAAGUUCCAGGCGGCAGAGCUGAGCGGCUGCGACGCCUCCGAGAUUAGCAAAAAACACCACAAGGUCAAGAGAAUCGAAAACACGGUUGACAGAAACUUCUUCCAUCAGGAGAACGUGCGAGCGCUCACCAAGGGUGUCCAGUCCGUCAUGGGCUACCGGCCCGGCAGUGGCCCCGUGGGGCUUGGAAAACCCGACAGCACAGAGAUGCCCCUUGGAAAACCCUGGAAGAAACACGGAAACAGGAACAAGAAAGAGAAAGUCCGCCGGCUCACCAAGCAUCUGGAUGCGUGAUGAUGACCCGAGGACUGAAAUGGCUUGUUGGUAACCUCAGGUUGAAUGAAACGACCCUAAGACGGUUUACAUGCAAUUCCAACAGAGUGAAUUGAGUUGUGUCAGAUGGAAAAUGCAGGUUCUGCAUCACAGGAGCGAGGCUGGGUCGGCUCUGCUAUACGAAGUCCUUUAUGGUGGACGUACAGCUGUCACACAAGACCCGACACAGCUCAUCCCAAGUGACCCAUGUUCUCCAGGUGACCCAUGUUCUGAUGUGGACCAGAUUUUUUAGAGGAUGAGGAUUUUGUGACGAUGAGAUGAAAUAUUAAAUUUCUUUAGCUGUGCUGAACCUGAUUUCAAACACAUGAUACAGAUGUGUUGAAAUACAAUGUACUGCUUUCAGGAUCAAGGCAUUCAGACAUUUAUUCCUGUACUCCUUGCAGUUUGUUGAUAAAGUAAUGUUUGUCAAAUUAGCGUGGUUUAUUUCUCAUUUCUGCCAGUUUAAUAUUGCUCUUAUGCACUUUGUAAUUCGGGGAGCCGAAGAGACUUUCAUAACUUUUAUACUGCCAGGUUGCAAUA